AUGGCUUCCUACAAAGCCAGCAAUCCCCUGGCAUUCACGCCGUGGCCGGUAACAAUAAUCACCACGGCCGUGUACCUCGCCUUGAUCAUCCCAUUGUUGGUGAUCAACCACAACGUCCCAUCUGCGCCCCGAACCAUCCCCAGUGGCCUCAACCUCACAGAGGCAUGGCAUGAUCUCCAAACCCUCACACAAGGCUUCCACCCCUACAACUCACAUCAAAAUGACAAAGUCCGCUCGUGGCUACUCGAACGUAUCGACGCGAUCAAGCAGUCCGCCCCCUCCGCCCAGGUGUACCAGCACGCGAACGAGGAAAAGCCCGAUGUUUUCGUUUUCGAUGAUAUGGUGUCCAACCUAACCUUUAUCGACAGAAGCGUUGGCGUUUACUUUGAAGGCACCAACAUCCUCGUUUACAUUCGUGGAUCAGAAGAUAAAAAAGAGAAUUGGUGGGAGACUCUCGGUCGAGUACCCGGUGGCAAGGGGGGAGUAUUGGUUAAUGCACACUACGACAGCGUGUCAACAGGCUACGGUGCAACAGACGAUGGUGUUGGCGUUGUCACCUGUCUGCAGUUAGUGAAAUACUUCCUCACACCGGGCCAUGCGCCGCGUCGCGGGCUGGUGGUUCUCUUCAACAAUGGCGAGGAAGACUAUCUGAAUGGCGCACGCGUUUACAGCCAGCACCCGAUGGCGAAAUUUGCGCAUACAUUCCUGAACUUGGAAGGUGCAGGUGCUGGUGGUCGCGCUACGUUGUUCCGCAGCUCAGAUACGGAGGUCACUCAGGCGUAUGCCAAGUCGCAGCACCCGUUCGGCUCCGUGUUGAGUGCCAAUGGUUUCGAGAAGGGUCUCAUCAGUAGUCAAACGGAUUAUGUUGUUUUGGAUGGUAUUUUGGGCUUGCGAGGACUGGAUGUUGCUUUCUUCGAACCCAGAGCUCGUUACCACACUGAUCAGGAUGAUGCCAGGCACACUAGUAUGGAUUCAGUUUGGCACAUGCUGUCUGCUGCUGUUGCCACUACGGAGCACCUUAUGUCUGAUACCAGUGAUCGAUUCGACGGACAUGCCGGUGAUGAUGGAGCUGUGCCUAGUGGUUCUGGUACACGAGCUGUCUGGUUCGAUCUCUUCGGCAGUGCUUUUGCUGUGUUCCGUCUGCACACGCUUUUCGCAUUGUCUGUUACUUUGCUGAUAAUCGCGCCAUUGACCUUGCUUGUAACCAGCAUCAUCCUUUCCAAAGCGGAUAAGAUGUACCUGUUCCGCUCAUCGGUAUAUUCUGAGCUCACCGACGAUAACAUCCCCUUGCGUGGCUUGCGUGGUUUCUUCCGGUUCCCAUUCUUAAUCUCUAUUCCCACAGGAGUGACUAUCGGCCUCGCUUACUUGGUGACUAAGGUCAAUCCUUUCAUUGCCCACAGCAGCUCAUACGCUGUGUGGAGUAUGAUGAUCUCAGCCUGGAUCUUCCUGGCCUGGUUUGUUUCUCGUGUAGCGGACUCUGCACGUCCAUCUGCUUUCCAUCGAGUUUAUACUUGGACCUGGAUGUUUGUUCUCUCUUGGUCUCUCAUGGUGAUUGCCACCGUUUAUGAACACGAGGAAGCACUUGCAGGCGGCUAUUUCAUGCUAUUUUACUUCGCCGGCGUCUUUUUGGCAACAUGGAUCUCCUAUUUGGAACUAUUCUCUCUGCCACCGAAAUCGGAGUACGCUGGCAGGCUUACCGAAUCACGACGGCCUAGUACUCAAGGGAGUCGGCUUGCUGCAUCGGGCGAUGAGCAUCAAGAUGAUGCUGAAGAGGACCCGACUGAGUCGACAUCGCUGCUGCACGGCCCGCAUCGCACUACCUUUGCCAACUACGUCCGCGUCGGGGGAGAUAACCAGUCUCACGACCUGGACGAAGAGGAAGAGGAAGAUCCCAACGUCUAUGCCUACGAGCAAGCAUGGAGUGGUAGCAUGCCGCGAUGGACGUGGCUUCUGCAGCUGCUCCUCACUGCUCCUGUGAUUCUCAUGCUGAUCGUCCCACUGGCUCUUCUGAUCACUGCCGCACUCAACCAGACAGGGCAGGACGGUAAUCCCCAGCUGAUUAUCUAUCUCUUGAUUGCUGCUUUUACUGCACUCAUUUUUGCACCUAUGCUGCCUUUCAUCCACCGGUAUACAUACCACCUGCCUAUCUUCCUACUUUGUAUUUUCACCGGAACCCUGAUCUACAACCUUGUUGCUUUCCCGUUCGCAGACUCAAACCGCUUGAAGCUGUUCUUCCUGCAGGAAGUUGAUCUCGACAACGGAAUCUCCACUGCUUCCCUCACCGGCAUGCCUCCUUUUGUCAAAGACGUUGUAUACGGGCUUCCCAGCGCAGCGGGCCAAAAUGAGUCCUGCGAUUGGAUAUUCCGAGGCAAAAAUGAGGUACAACGAUGCUCAUGGAACGCACCGGUACCACGUGUUGCCACGAGUGCCGCAUCUCUAUCUGCCUUGAACGAAGAUCCCGACUCCCCAGUCGAGGCUUCAGAGCUGUCGCCGGAGUGGGUUUCCUUCAGCAUUUCUCACCCUGAUCCAGCCAGCUCCUCCGUUCGCUUUGAAAUCUCAGGCCAAAAUACACGCGCCUGCCGCAUCGACAUCGAUGGAAACCUCAUCAAGAGCUUCCAUGUCCACGGCUCCUCUGCUCCUGACCCUCGCUUUUUGAACCCCUCCCCAGAUGGCCUGAGUCGGAUCCAACUAUGGAGCCGUACAUGGGACAAUCAGUGGACCGUGGAUGUUGAUUUCUCGGAGCACGACUCACCCGCGACUGAGAGUGAGCAGUCCUCUAUCACGGGCCGCAUCACCUGUCUAUGGAGCGACAAUAAUCGAAUCGGUCUCAUCCCUGCGCUCGACGAGGUGAAGCGGUUCAGCCCGGCGUGGGUCGCUGUAACCAAGUUCUCUGACGGCUUGAUCGAGGGCUCGCGGUCAUUCGAGAUUAAGCGUUCGAGCCGCAAGGCCAUAGCAUCUUGA